AUGGAAAACUGUGAUGAGGAGGAUCUUCCUAUAAAUAUUAAGAGCUCAAAUUUGUAUUAUAACAUCAAUGAUAUUGACGCUGCUUUAAGCGAUAUUCGCAGUGGUGUACCGUUAGGUGUUACUAGUCAAAAAUACGGUAUACCUAAGACAACUCUUCAUUCUCGAGUUAAAAAUAAAGUUCCAAUUGAUGCUAAAAAAGGACCUAAAACAUUUUUAAGUACCAAAGAAGAAAACCAAAUUGUCAAAUGGAUAUUUUUUCUUAGUGACCGUGGAUUCCCAGUCACUAAAAACCAAUUGCUGGAUAGUGUGCGAGAUUUAAUUAAUGAACUGGGCCGGAAAACACCAUUCACUGAUAACAGACCAGGACGACAUUGGUACGAAUCAUUUUUACGUCAACAUCCUGAUAUUGCUAAACGAGUCGUGCAAAAUUUGACAAGCGUUCGAGCAUCUGUAACCGAAAAUUCUCUCCGGAAUUGGUUUAAAGAAGUUGAAGCUUAUCUUGUUGAGAAACAAUUGAUUGAUAUUCCUCUAAGUCGUAUCUUCAAUGGAGAUGAGAGUGCUUUUCAACUAUGCCCAAAGGCCGAGCCAGUAAUCACAAGAAAGGGUACAAAGGCUGUUUAUAAAGUUGUGAACACCAAUGAUAAAGAAAAUAUAACCACGUUGUUUAUGGUGAGUGCUGCAGGUGAGAUGGUUCCACCGAUGAUCAUUUAUCCAUAUCAACGUAUUCCCCAUCAUGUUUCUAAACAUGUUCCGAAAAGUUGGUUUAUUAGUACAUCACAAAAAGGGUGGAUGACCGGAGAAAAUUUUUUUGAAUACGUCGCAAAUGGUUUUUAUCCGUGGUUGAUGGAAAAAAAAAUUGAGUUUCCCGUAAUACUUUAUGUAGAUGGUCAUUCAUCCCACUUAACAUUACCGCUAGUCAAUUUUUGUCGAAUCAAUAAAAUUGAAUUAGUUGCGCUUUACCCUAAUGCGACCCACAUAUUGCAACCUUUAGAUGUCGCUGUAUUUCAUCCAGUUAAAACUGCGUGGAAAAAAACUGUUGAUGGUCAUAGGAUAGAAAAAAAUGGACAAAGUUUAAAGAAAGAAAACUUUGCACCUUUACUAAAUAAAGCUUUACAAUCAAUGAAAUCAUUAAAAAAUACGAUAGAACAUGGUUUCAAAGCAUGUGGACUGUGUCCAUUCAAUGCUGAAGCAAGUGAAAAUGUGGAAUUAAAACCUGAUCCAAAUGAAUGUCGACGAAAUUUAGAGUUUUUCGAAAAAUAUUUCAAAAUUGAUGUGUUAAAAGACUUCGAAGAUUCAGAGCGUGAUGGGUUUUACAUUGAAGAAAAAAUUAUUAUUGAAGCUCUUGAUGAGACAUUGAAUAAUAAUAUAAACGUAAACAUCGAAGAAAAUGAUGAAAUUAAUAAGAGUAUUUUAAUCUUCCCUUUUAAUGAGACAGAGAAUAUAAACAAUUUACCAGAAAAUUAUGAAGUUCUUAAAUCGGAUGUUGAUAGUCAGGCCCUUCCGACAAUUAUUGAUAAUACAUGUGCAAAUAAUUUAGAGUUAAUAACUUGCUCGGAUAAAGAAAACACUAGUAUUUUGUCGAUCGAUGUUAAUUCAUCUAAAUUAAGUGUUAUUAAAGAUGAAUUUUUAUUGGAAAAUCCAAGUUUUAAUAGUUCUUCCAUAACAACAACAGUAACAACUUCUACGACAAUUGUAACAACUUCCACAACCACAGCAAUAGCAAGUUCUUCAGCAACAGUAACACCAACUUCUUCAGCAACAGUAACAUCAACUUCUUCAACAACAGCAAUAGCAAGUUCUUCAGCUAUAGUAACAGCAGCUUUUUCAACGACAGAAACAGAAACUUUCUCAGCGGUAUAA